CAAACUACAAAUAAUAAUGAUUUUUAUUAAAUACUGUGAUAUUUUCCAGUGAAUUAAAUUAUAAAUAAUAUGAAAAUGGCAGAAUUAAAUCAAAAACCAGCUUUGGACAUAGUUUACUUAGCAAUAUCUGCUCUGUACAACAAUCCAAAUAAUGAAGAAAAGGAAAGGGCCUCUCAGUGGUUAGGAAUCCUACAAAAAUCAGUUUUUGCAUGGACAAUUGCAGAUGAACUUCUCCACCACAAAAGAGACUUGGAAUCUUGUUACUUUGCUGCUCAAACAAUGCGUAGUAAAAUACAGCAUUCCUUUCAUGAAUUACCCUUGGAAGCACAUGUAUCUUUGAGGGAUUCAUUAUUGGAGCAUAUUAGUCAAAUAAAUGAGAAUACAAAUACUGUGAUAGUAACCCAGUUAUGUCUAGCACUUGCAGAUCUUGCACUACAGAUGCCUACCUGGCAUAGAGCUGUUCUUGAUUUGAUAAACAGAUUUUCAUCGACACAUACAUGGCCCCUAUUAGAGGUUUUAACAGUUUUACCUGAAGAAUUGGAGAGUCGUUCAGUGAGAAUAGGUGAAAAUAGAAGACUGGAACUUUUGGAGGAUUUAAAAACAUGUGCUCCUACCAUUAAUGAAUUUUUAAAACAUUGCUGUAACACAAAUUGUGAUAAUAUGUCAGUGAACAUUAAAAUUAUUCGUUGUUUUACAUCAUGGGUAUCUGUAAGAGCAAUUUCUUUAGAUGGAAUCCAUUUUCACAUUGUUCUUUUAAAAGCUUUUGAUAUUUUGGUACAUAAAGGAGAAGGAGAGAAACAGUCUGUACCUGGAGCAAUGCAUGAUGCAGCAGCUGACUGCAUAUGUACAAUGUUACAAUGCUUGGAAGAUGAGCACCAGGCUUUAGAAAUGUAUUUAUUCAACAACAUAAUGACCCUUGAAGUGGCAUAUCACAUGUCUGUUGCUAAAGAAGACCAAGAAAAGUCAAUGAAUUAUUGCCGAAUAUUUACGGAAUUAGCCGAGACAUUUUUAAAACGUAUCAUUUCUCAAUGCAACGGCGAGAGUCAACCUUAUGCUGAGCAAAUCCUUGACCUGGUGCUGGUCUGUCUAGGACAUCAUGAUUAUGAAGUGGCUGAAGUUACAUUUAACUUUUGGUAUCUUCUUAGUGAAGAAUUGUACCAGACCAACACAAAACAAUUAACGGAUAUGUUUCGGCCGUAUAUCGAAAGACUUAUUACCGCCUUGUGCAGACAUUGUCAGAUGGAACCAGAUCACGAAGGUCUCUUGGAAGAUGGGGAUGAUUUUAAGGAUUUUCGACUGAAAGUUUCCGAUCUGAUCAAGGACGUUGUCUUCAUUGUGGGAAGUAGCAAUUGCUUCCGACAAAUGUUCAUGAACCUGCAAGCACCUGGAGUCUCUUGGGACACCAGCGAAGCUGCCCUCUUCAUAAUGCAAGCUGUUGCAAAAAAUAUUUUGCCGACAGAAAACGAAAUAGUUCCUAAAGUUGUCGAAGCAAUUUUGAACUUGCAACAGAACGCUCAUGUUGCCGUUCGACACACGUCUGUUCUUUUACUCGGAGAACUCUGUGAAUGGAUAGAGAAACAUCCUAUCACACUGCAGCCUAUACUCAACUUUCUGGUUUGUUAUUUGCCGCAGCCGGGGGUAGGAGCUGCAGCCGCUACUGCCCUUCAAAACAUCUGCACCAGAUGUAAUGAACACAUGGCCUGUCACGUACCAAUUUUGAUCCAAUUAAUGAGACAGGUCGAUUCGUUUCCAAUUAAUAAUAACGCUGUUAUUGGACUACUGAAAGGGGUUGCAGCCAUAAUUAGUUGCAUGCCCCAUACUGAAAUAACAAAUUCAAUGAGAGAACUGUGUUCUUUUCAAAUGACUCCACUCUGCCAGCUAAUAGAUAAUGGCAUUGUACCAAUUAAAGGCACCAAAAGUGAUCCAGUAUUGUGGUUAGAUAGACUCUCGUCAAUAUUUAAAAACGUUAACAUUAAAUUAGAGAAAAAUGAACCGAAUCCUUGUAGAUUAAACGCUUUAGAAGUGUGGCCGACCUUAUCACGCACUAUUGACAAAUACCAAGGGGAUUUGCGCAUAAUGGAACGAUGCUGUCGCAGCCUCAGAUUCAUGCUACGUUGUGUGAGUCAGCAAGUACCUGACUUGUUAAAACCGCUCGUCGAACAAUUAGUCCGUCUCUAUUUGAUUCAUAAACACUCAUGCUUUCUGUAUUUGGGGAGUAUCUUAGUGGACGAGUACGCCAUGAUGAACGAUUGCGUGGCUGGACUUCUGGAGAUGCUCAAGGCCUUUAUCGAACCCACCUUCCAAAUGCUUGUUGAAAAAGAUGGACUUAGAAAUCAUCCUGAUACUGUAGACGACUUCUUUAGAUUGUGCGCUAGAUUCCUUCAAAGGGCUCCACUGCCCUUCUUGGAAUGCGAAGCAAUGUCUCCUAUACUAGAGUGCUCUCUAUCUGCCUGUAAUUUGGAUCAUAAGGAAGCAAACACAUCAGUAAUGAAGUUUCUUUACGGUUUAAUAGCUGUGAGUCAAGGGAGUAAGCAGCAGCCCGAUUUCAAAAAACGGCAGGAUAUUGUCACUGAAAUCCUGACAAGUUAUGGACAACAACUGGUUACCAAUUUACUGCACGCGUGUGUAUUUUAUUUGCACUCGUAUAUGCUCGCAGAAGUGGCCGACGUACUUGUAGAGUUGCUGAAUUGGGAUAAGAAGUUCACCGGCGAGUGGCUUACGAUCGCUUUGGAAACGUUACCAAAACAAGUUAAUGGGGGCAUAAUAACAGCCACUCCACAGCAGCUAAGCAACUUUCACGAAACCGUGAUCGAGUCAAAAACCUCAAAAUCAAUUACGCAAGCACUGAAGAAGUUAACGCGAUUAUACCGUUAAAUGUAUAAAAAUACAGUUAUAAAAAAAGGACUUAAUUGUUUGAAUGUGAAGCCACAGUUACAGUGUAAAUAUAGCACUACUUAAAAAAAUCGAAACAUCGUUGCUCUUUGGACGAUUCGUUCUUUUUUAUUUUGUGCAGUUUACGUAUAUAUUUUAUGUAAAUAGAAAACGUUUUCCAUAAGAAUGUUUAUCAUAAUUAAGCAAAUGACUAAUUUUACUAAGUAAACCAUUAAAAAAA